UGUAUAAGCCAAACAACAAAAUUAAUAUAGUAAGCAUGUAUUAACAUGUAAAAGGUACAAACUUUUAAAGACUUCUUUCACAAAACAAAAAUAUCUUCAAUAGAAAGACCAAAUAAUCUCAAUCCUUCAUGCCUUGUUCACUCGGAUGCUCUUCAUGGCCACCAUUUUUUCUCAGCAACAACUCUGCUAGAAACAGGUUCCAUAGCAAAGGCCAUCAUGUUCAACUCAAGCAAUUUACAUCCAUCAUUAACAAACAAUUACCGAAAACUUUCAAUUCAUCAAUUAUACCAUAUUUUUCAUCCCAUAUUGCAAUUCUACCUGUAUCACCCUUUGAUUUCACCAUUACCAUUUUCAGCUCCACAAUAAGAGCUCAAUCAUGCUGCUUUGCUUCAAAGUCCUCUGCUUUAUUCUUACCAGAGAUGAAAAGUCAAUACCUAGAAAACAACAGUAAUGCAAAAGUCAAGCAAUUAGCUGAUAACAUUAGCUCAGUCCCACCUGAACAGAGGUUUAAAGUCCUUGAAUCUGUUAUAGAAAAUUUGGGUGAGUCCAUAAACAUUAGAGAAUUCAAUAAUCUGAUCAUGGGAUUGGUUAUGGCAGAGGAAAUGGAGCUUGCAUUGAAGCUGUUCGAUGAAAUGUCAACGUAUGGUUUAUCCCCAGAUUGCUGGACAUACUCUGUACUUAUUAGGUGUUACUGCAAAAAAAACCUGCCUGAUGACGGGAAAAAGAUUCUGGACUGCAUGAUCAAAAAUGGGUUUCGACCUAAUGUUGUUACUCUUACCAUUUUGGUGAAUUCAUUAUGUUCAAGAGGCAAAAUUCAGAGAGCUUUUGAGGUGUUGGAGAUUAUGGGUAAACUUGGGUGCAACCCAAAUAUUCAGACUUAUAAUUGUGUGUUAAAAGGUAUGUGCUUUGUUGGAAGGGUAGAGGAAGCUUAUGAAAUGUUGAUGGAUUUGAAGAGAAAGAAGGGUGAUGAAGAGAGCAGUAUUGGUCCUGAUAUUUACUCAUACACAGCUGUUAUGGAUGGGUUUUGUAAAGUAGGUAGAUCAGAUGAAGCAAUGGAAUUACUUGAGGAAGCAAUUGAAACGGGAUUAACCCCAAAUGUGGUUACUUAUAAUGCUCUCUUUAAUGGGUAUUGCAAAGAAGGGAAACCUAGGAAAGGGAUUCAGUUGUUGAAGCAAAUGAAAGAGAGGGACUGUACUCCUGAUUAUAUUAGUUACAGUACUUUGCUUCAUGGGUUGUUGAAAUGGGGUAAAUUUAAGGCAGCCUUUUGGGUUUACAAUGAAAUGGUUGAAGUUGGUUUUAAGGUUGAUGAAAGGAUGAUGAACAGUCUUUUGAGAGGUCUGUGCAGAGAAAGCUGGGAGGAGGAAGAGCUUUUGAAGAAUGUGGAUAAAGUAUAUCAGCAAAUGAAAAGUUGGGAUUAUUCUAUUUUUCCUGACACUUACUCUUUAGUGAUCCAAUCAUUUUGUAUUGGAGAAGAGAUUGGCAUGGCUUUGAUUAGUUUGCAUGAGAUGGUAGAAGCUGGGUAUUUUCCGAGGAUGGUAACGGUUAAUCGAGUUGUUCGUGGACUCUGUGAGGAGGCUUUCUUGAAGGACUGAUGGUGCUUCUACUUUCUGCAUGGAGGGAGAUGAUCCUGUUUUUGCCCCUCAAAACUCCUUCAGACGCCCCGGUUCCAUCUCAGUACCCGCAAAACCAAAUCUAUCAUCGAACCAUAUGGGUUUGACUUACAGUGUCCCAAUCCAAAUUCAUACUAUCGUGAGUCUGCGGCCGACUAAUUUACCCUUGGAGUGACUCUGCAUUCAGGAACUUUCUUGUACUUAGGCUUCCAUGAAACAUUCAGUAAGCAAAAUAGUG